GCACGUCUCUGAACCUGUCUUAGGAAAUGGAUGCACAAAGAUGUUCUUCAAAGGGAGAGGAACUUAGAGCUACAUUUCUUCAGUAACUGUUCAAUAGCUGACCUUCAUCUCUGUGAGCAACCCCAUCUUUGCUGGUGCUAAGCAGAAAAAUCUCCUGUAGUGUGCUAAAGCAGUGCCACCUUUUCCAAAAAAAAAAAAAAAAAAAAAAAAAGGCUCCAAAUCAAUUGAAAAUCUCAGAUAUUUGAGAAGAUACUUGAAGACAGCACUGUCCAACCUGAUCCUUACACACUGUGCUAUGAAGCCAACCCCAUGUUGUCUCAGAAUAAAACCCUGAAAACCAUGGAAGUGUUGGCUCUUCAGAUCCUUUUGCUUUGCCAUGUUGUAGUUGGGACUGUGGGCAACAUCCUUCUGUUUGUCCAUAAUUUCUCUCCAGUCUUGACUGACUCCCGACUGAGGCCCAUACAGGUCAUUCUAAUCAACUUGGCUGUGGCCAAUGCAUUCAUGUUACUUCUCUUGGCAUAUUCAUAUGACCUGAUUGAUUAUGUUUCAAGGAAGCCACCAACUNACCUCAGAUGUAAACUUGCAUACUUCCUUAACGUGGUGGCUCGAGGCACAAUCAUGUGUUCCACCUGUGUCCUCAGCACCUACCAGUUUGUCACUCUUGUUCCUGGGAACUGGGCUAGGGUCAUNUUCAGAGAAAUAUCCCCCAAGGUUGUGAACUAUUCUUGUUACAGCUGCUGGUUGUUCAGUGUCUUAAGCAAUGCUUACCUCCCAGUGAAUGUCAUUGGUCCACAGAAAUCACACAAUGACUCUNAUUCUAAAGGCAACUGGAUAUGUUCCAUCUCUGGGGCCAGUGUAGACAUGAAUUUCUUACGGUUUUCCCAUGACAUCNUAUUCAUUGGCAUCAUGGCCUGGACCAGUGUCUCCAUGGUGAUUCACCUAAACAGACACCACCACAGAAUGCAUUACCUGCAUAAUCCUAAUCAGAUCAACAGAGGCCAUGCUGAGACCAAAGCAGCCCACACCAUCAUGAUGCUGGUGGUCACAUUUGUGAGCUCAUAUUGUCUAGAUUGUAUUUGUAGUUUAUUUCACAUUUCCUUUGUGGAAUCUCGUCUUUGGUUGACAGAUGUCAUAGAACUUUUGCAUCUAAGCUUC